AUGGCAGACCCCGAGAAGAACGGCCUAUGCAUGCCGACGCCUCCGGCUCAGGUAGUUUGCAAUCCGCCCGUCCUCAACAAUAUCAUUGUCACGGAUGCCGAAAAGGCUGGAGAUGGCCCCGUAACCAAGGAAAUCCUGUCCAGUGGCCACACCUUUCCCGACCUCGUUGACUUGGAGGCUCAAACGACCAAGCCGCAACGGAAGUGGUUCUCUCAUCUGAGAUAUGCCAUGUUCACGACCUAUCGCCGACUGUUCACGAUUGUGUUCUGUGCAAAUCUCGCUGUUUUCCUUUACGUGAUGACAUCUGAUCGACAGCUUCUGGCACUCGUCGAUGCAACUGCUGUCAACCUUGUAUCGUGCGGUCUCGCUCGGCACCCAAUGGUCGUCAACGCCAUCUACAGACUGGUGUGCUCACUUCCUCGAUCUGCACCACUUUUCCUGCGCCGCAUUGCCGCCAAGGCAGCCCACUACGGUGGUGUUCACAGUGGCUGUGGUACUGCAUCUUUAGUCUGGUACAUUGGCUUCGUUGCUGCGGUGUCAAAAUUAUAUUGGACAAAUUCUCCCAUCAGUACAUCCACAGGCUUCACUUUUUCAGCCGCGCCAAUCGCUGUUGCGUACAUCAUCCUCGUACUCCUUGUGGUGAUGGUAGUAGUGGCGUACCCUACUUUCCGCAGAAAGGUCCAUGAUUAUUUUGAGCUCACCCACCGAUUCGCCUCAUGGCUUAUUCUGGCCCUCUUUGUCGUCCUACUGAUGCUCUUUGCCCAUGAAGUCUGUAGGGCAGAGCAACAAAGUCUUGGACACUUCCUCGUCACACUUCCCGCGUUUUGGCUCUUGAUCGCGGCCGUUGUUGUUGUGGCCCACCCGUGGCUACUAUUGCGCAAGGUCCCAGUCCAUGCCGAGCCUCUCUCUUCUCACGCUAUCCGACUCCACUUUUCUCACACACCAAUCGCCUUCGCCAAGGGUAUUCAAGUGACCAAGCACCCUCUCCGCGACUGGCACAGUUUCGCCGGUUUCCCAGACCCGACUCCGGAAGGCAAGAACAGCAAAGAGAGGUUCUCCAUUGUUGUGUCGAAAGCGGGAGACUGGACGGGGGAUACAAUCCGGAACCCACCAACGCACCUCUGGAAGCGCGGGGCGCUGAUGCGCGGUGUCGGUUACGGUCUACGCCUUUUCAGCCGCAUCGUUAUCGUGACCACGGGGUCCGGCAUAGGGCCCUGCCUAGGAUUCCUAGGCGACGAGAACCGUCCAUUGAUUAAGGUUAUCUGGCAGACCCGUUCACCGGAGAAAACCUACGGCCGGGACGUCCUUGCUCUUGUCCACCGAAUGGGGCCGGAUCCGAUCAUUAUGGACACUACUCGCGACGGCCGUGUUGACAUGCUUCCUGUCGUGCGCCGCCAAGUAAAGGAAUUCGAUGCGGAGGCUGUGUUCGUGAUUAGCAACCCCGCCAUGACACAAAAGAUUAUUUACGAAUUUGAAUCCCAAGGGAUUCCGGCCUACGGGCCUAUUUUUGAUUCAUGA